AUAGCCUAGAACUUGAAACACAUCCAAUUAAUAAAUGCAGCUUAAGCACAAAAACAGGAUUCAGCCCGGCUAAGCUAGGCUGCACCCUCCGAUCACCAUACAAAUAUUCCCAAUCCUACUACUAUUACCGGUCCCCUCUCUCUGGAGGAAAUGCAUUGAAGUCCAGAAUGCCCGAUGCAGGUUGUGCGAGGGGGGGAAGCUGGAGACCAAAGGGGAAGGAAUGCGAUGCAUCUGAAAUCUGACAGUCAGAGAAGACGAACUUCGGCGGAUGGUCCUGACUCUGUCAUCGCUUACUCGUCUGAUCGUCGAACCUGCAAUAGCAGCGGCAGUGGCUCAACCAUCGCUCAUUUAUUCAGCGACAGCCACCUCUCCUCCAUCUCCCGAAGCGUUGCUGGGCGCUGCUCCUUUGGAUCGGAGAACGAUUCGCUCUUUUCGUAUCUCUGCAUUAAUUUGGCAGUACGCGAGCACUGUUCCGGUGGCACUGACCCAGAUCCAGAUCCGGAGAAAAAAAGCGCCAUUCUUUCCUCGCCACACAGUAUUUCAGUAGGGCUGGGGGAGGAAGUAGAGCAAGCUUCAGAUGAGAAAGGAGAAGAAAAUGCAGGAAGGCCUGAGAGGGAGGGGUGCAGAGCACCGAACACAAUAGAGAAUUCCUUCUCUCACGCCUUCAGAGGUAGAAGCUAUUCUAAGCCCCUCUUUUCCUCGUCCAAAUCGCUGAUUUGCGCCGAGAGAAGGAAGACUCGAAGGCAGAGGCCUGUUUCUCUUGACCUUAACACCCCUGGCACUGAUGUGGCUUUCUUGUCCCCUCGGUUUUUGGCGGGUGGCAUGGGAUCCAUGAAGAAGAGCUCUGCCACCUCCUCUCUCAGCAGAUCGGAAGCAUUCCCUAGUCCUGGAACGCCUAAUUACCGGCACGGAACCGAAACAACCGGGUACCUAAAGGGUUGGAGUUCAGAAAGAGUGCCAUUGCCAGCUAAUAGCAGUAGGAGGUACAUGGGUGCCGGAUCUUAUCUUCCAUUCAACAAUGGCCGCAUCUUGCCUUCAAAAUGGGAAGAUGCAGAGAAGUGGAUAUUUAGCCCUGUUUCCGCCGAUGGGGUUGUGCGGUCUUCUCACCCUUUCUCUCAUCAUAGACGUCCAAAGUCAAAAAGUGGCCCACUUGGACCUCCUGGAUACUCACCAGCAUCACCAAUUGCUCCAUGCUUUGAUAGUGGAAGGGUUGGGAGCUUUACUGGUAGCUCCCCCUUUUCAGCUGGAGUUCUGAUUGCAGAGCGUGAUUUUGCUGACAACAGAAAAUGUGGCAUUGGCAGCGGAGAAAGUGCAAGGUCAUCUUCUGCAAAUGCUGAACCUUAUAUAUUGAGAUCUGCAAGCCUUCAUGGGUGCUUUGAAAAUUUGCUUGAAUCAGCUCCAUCCUUAUCAAACGCUCAGAAUGAAAAUGUUGAAUGCACCAAGAAGGGGACCAAAUCAACUUCUACAAUAGUUUUGAGGAAGGAUGUGGCAACACAGAUGAGCCCCGAGGGGAGCAAUCAAUCUUCUCCCAAGCAUGAGUCUUCAUUCUUGCCCUCUCCUUUAUUGGUGAAUGGCAUAGAAGAGCUGGAGAGCCAUUUUCCAAAGCUGGAGGUUAGGGAUGUUCAAGUUGAUGAUCAGGUGACGGUGACAAGAUGGACAAAGAAACAAAUUGGAUGUGGUUCUGAAAAGCGUUUAACAAAUUUGAUGGAAUGGAAAAGAAAAACAGUUGAGGCUAAGCCUUCUGGUUGGAAAAUUUCAGAGACACCUAGAAGUUUUUCAAAGGUGAAAAGAGAGGAAGCCAAAAUUAUAGCGUGGGAGAAUUUACAGAAAGCAAAAGCUGAGGCUGAAAUAAGGAAAUUAGAGAUGAAGCUUGAAAAGCGAAGAUCUUCUUCCAUGGACAAAAUACUAAAGAAGCUAAAGUCAGCACAGAAGAAAGCAGAGGAGAUGCGAAGUGCUGCAACUGCUAGCCAAAUGCAGCAGGUUGCCAAGUCUUCUAAGCGGGCUUCCUACUUCCGCAAAAGUGGACAGAUCAGUUCCUUAAGCGAAUGCUUCAUCUGCCAUGCUUUCUAGAUAUUCCACAUGAAACUAGUCAAGCGAACGCUUCUGCAAAGAAGAUGAGCUGAUAGGUGCUAGUACUGGAAGAAGCAUGUUCUGCUCAGAACAGUAAAUUGACAGCUCCUUAUGAAAAUAGAGAAAAGUGCUGCAAGGCAAUUGUUAGUUCAAUUUUUCUUUCUCAUUCCUCGGAGUACUAAUUUGUUGUAGUUUCUAUUUUUUCAGCUUGACGGCAACUUAGCUGUAAACUGCAUUUGUUAUGGAUAAAUUUAUCAAUGAUUUCCUUGAAAA